GUUUGAUAGGAAUGCAGUUGUUUGCUUUCAAUGUCAGCAGCCCGGACAUUACAAGUCCAGUUGUCCGAUGAGAUCGUCUUCAGUUUCGUCAGCUCCGAAGGCUUGUUAUGGGUGUGGCCAGCAGGGUCACUUGAUUCGUGAUUGUCCGAGUCAGAGAGCAGGCACCGUUAGUGGCAGAGGGUCACAGCAGAGGCCGUCACAAUCGGCUACAGUUCAGUCAGGUUUCAGACCACCACCACCACAGCCUACUAUGUCUUCACAGGGUUCACGAUCAGUUAGGAGGGAUACUCCUACUAUGUCAGUGCAGCAGUCAGGUGUUCAGGUUGGCAGUCCUCAGGCACAGGUACCUCAGGGACGUGUUUUUGCACUGGCACAGACAGAUGCAUCUUCUGGACCGUCAGUCCUUCUAGGUCUUGGAAAAGAACCGGUGGACGACAACCCACCUCAAGCUUGAGCGAUACUAGAAGCUCACUUUUGUGUCUUUUGUAUAUCUCCCAUUAUUUUUGCAAAGCACUAAAAGUGUGAAGGUGUAUAUGUAUAUUUUGCAAAACUUUGUUAUGUAAUGUAAGGUAUUUGAUGAUAUUUUGGAUGUGAAUUUGAUAACAUAUAAACCUUAUUGAUGCAUGGGGAGAGUAAUACUAGUUUGAGGUAUUAUCGAGGUCAUUUGAUUGUGUAU